CACUAUCAUCCUCCUCCAUCUCAACCAUCCCUUUCAUGAAGUUGGAGUUAUUGCCUUGGUGCUUCAUCUUGUUGGCAUGUUUCAUCAAGCUGUCAUCCUGCUCAUAGUCAUCCAAUUGGCUGUUAGAGUCAUCAUGAACGUUUACCAAUGGUAACAAUUCCUAAACUUGGCCAAGUGCGUGGAUCGAAAAUGGUUUCAGUGGCCGGGAAAAUGUUUUACGCUUUUCGCGGAAUUCCGUACGCGCAGCCGCCAGUUGGAGAUCUUCGAUUCCGCGAUCCCGUAGCUGCUGAUCCAUGGUUUGGCAAAAUUUUUGACGCUAGCCGAGAAGGUCCCACCUGUAUGCAAUAUCACGGGAAUCUCCGGCUUAUUCUUGGAGUAGAAGAUUGUCUCACGCUGAAUGUCUACACGCGUAAAUUGGAUUUUACAAAUAGUGGGAAGCCGGUCUUGGUAUGGAUCCCUGGUGGCGCUUGGUAUAAAGGGAGCGGGAAUGGCGUGGCAAAUGCCUGGGGACCUGGUUAUUUUAUGGAUCGAGAUGUUGUUUUUGUAACGAUGAACUAUCGACUUGGCCCCCUAGGUUUUUUAAGCACCGAAGAUAGUGAAGCUCCAGGAAACUAUGGACUUUUGGAUCAAACGAUGGCCUUGAGAUGGAUUCGGGACAACAUUCGCUCAUUCGGUGGCGACCCGGAUUCAGUUACAAUAUUCGGUUGCAGCGCUGGGGCUGCCAGUGUUCAUUAUCAUAUUUUAUCACCUCAUUCUAAAGGGCUAUUUCAUCGAGCCAUCUUGCAGUCAGGUUCAUCGCUCAACUCUUGGGCGAUAGGAAAAUCUGUAGGGUCGUAUACGCAGCAACUGGGCCAAUAUUUUAAUUGUCCACAAUCAAACUCCAGCGCAUUGUUGACGUGUUUGCGAAAAGCACCAGCUAGAAAGAUGGCUGGGUUCCGAAGGCAAAUUCAGAUUAUGUUAGAAUAUCCGAUCGCAUUUGGACCACGUAUUGAUAUCGAGAGAAAAUCGCCUUUCCUUCCUGGACAUCCAAGAGAACUUAUGGAAUCUAAGCAAUUCAAUUCAGUACCUGUAAUUUCAGGACUCAAUAAAAAUGAGGGUGCUUUGGUUAUACUCAUGCUGCUUUCCAAUAAUGGCGAAUUAUUGCGAAGAUUUAACAAAGAUCCUGUAAAAUAUCUUCGUCUCGUAGUGAAUUCGGACGAUAUAGACGAUGACAUUGUUAAACAGAUAUCAGAUCGCUAUUUUGCUUUAGAUAAGCCGUUUCAUCCGAACCAGAUUUCCAAAUUAGCAGAGAUAUUUUCUGACUAUGCAUUCUUUCAAGAUUUAGACGAAUCAGUUGAGUUAUUUAGUAAAUAUAAUGACGAGGCGACCUAUUACUAUAUGUACAAUCAUACCAGUCAGUUUACUUUGCAGAGAUUUUUGGGUGUAUCUUCUAGUCUCGAUUUAAGCGGUAGUCAUGUAGAUGAAGUUUUCCUUAUGUUUUCUCACCUAAUUCUUCCUCGCUUGCGUUCAUCGAAAGAUAUUAAAGUAUCAAAUAUGCUGCUCGACCUAUGGACUACGUUUGCAAAAGACGGCAUACCCCGAAGCAGCCUUUUACCUCAAGACUGGAUCCCUACCAAGGAAGAACAGCCACGAUAUCUCAGAAUAGAAGCCGAACAUCCUGCUUUGGUGAAUGAGUCCAUGCCAUUUUAUCAGCGUAUACAAUAUUGGAAACACAAGUUGCGCAGAUAAUACUUUCUUACAGAACAGCUGUUGAAACACGCUAUAAUAAACCGAUCCAGCGAUCCACGGCGGACCACAA